UAGUCUGGUCCAAAAAAUAACAGUUUCGGAAACAUGGAGAGAAGAUCCACCUGCCCAUUUCAACUGGAAGAUCUCUGGCUUUUCGCGACUCCUGUUAGAUCUUGAUAUAGAGGAGCAUUACUCUGGUUUCUUUAUGGUUGGUGGCUACAAAUGGAGACUGUGCUUGUAUCCAAAGGGUGUUGAGAAUCAAAAUGGGGAAGGUCACAUCUCUCUCUACUUGGAGAUGAAGAAACCAACAUCUUCAACCGGUUGGGAAGUUUAUGCAAACUUCAAGUUAUUCAUUUUCGACCAGAACAACGGCUAUUAUCGUGCCCUCGAAGAACCUAACCGGCAGAGACUAUUUCAUGCAAUGAAGCACAAAUGGGGUUUCGGCCAAUUCAUGUCCUUGGCUAGUCUGAAAGAACCUUCAAAUGGUUUCCUUGUCAAGGGGACGUGUGUAUUUGGAGCGGAGGUAGUAAUCCACAAAGAAAGAAUAGCUCCCUUCACAGAAUGUCUACAAGUACUGCACCAGAAAGAAUAUGGAGAAUCGACAAUACUAAUUAGAGUUGCUUCAGAUGCGAGUGGAAACUCUAUUUCUGGCUCAACAUUUUUUGUGGGUGGUUAUCAAUGGCGAAUGAUGGUCCAAGCUAAAGGAAUUACCGCUGGCAAAGGUGGUUACCUCUCUGUAUUUCUAGAAUUGUGUGAUGCUUCCUCUUUACCGUUAGAUCGGAAGGUGUAUACAAGCUACAUACUACGGGUGGUGGAUCAGAAGGCAUCAGGCAAUGACAUAGAUCAUAGAGCCAUAGAACAAUUCUCUGCAGAAUCUGGUAAAUGGGGUAAUGAUACUUUUAUACCACUCUCCAAACUCAAGGACCCAACAAAAGGUUUCUUAGUCGAUGAUAUGUGCAAACUCAAAGCUGAAGUUGCUGUCCUUGGCUUAGUUGAAGAGUAAUGGAUCGAGGUUGUGUGAUUUAUAUGAUUUGUAAAUAGUUUAAUUGUAAAUCCA